AUGCUUAAAGGCGCUAAGAAAGCCAUUGUCCGUACACCCCACAGACUCCUGGGCAACAAGAGCAUUGAGGACAAGAUUAUCAUUGAUUGGACAAAAGACUUUGUCACAGCAGACGAGGCGUUAUCACAAGUGGCAAGAGAAACAAAAAAGUUUGCAUCAACAUGGCGGGACAUUUGCUCGGCACAGGAGUCACUGUCCCUGGCGUUCCGAGAGAUUUAUGAGCCAAUUCGCGACGAAAAUGCCUACCGCGUGGUGCAGGAGACCCCUGAGAGUUCCUUGACAGCUGUUGCUCAGUUUAGUGAGUUUGUAGGCAGUGCCAUGAAGGAUGCAAUUGACCCUUACCUUCAAUCCCUGGAGGGCCCAUUUUCUACCCGGAUUGGUGAGGCUCAGGAAUGCCUUAAAAGUGUGCAAAAGCUUCUCACCAAACGUGAACACAAAAAGGUUGACUUUGACCGCAACAAUAAUGCCCUUGAACGUCUCAACAAGAAACGGCACGGUGGUGAGGCUCUUUCCGAAAAGGAGCAAACAUCUCUGGCCCACCAGGAACAAGAACUUGAGGCUGCUACGGAAAUGUUUCACGAGCUGGAUGAAAAGGUCAAAUCAACUGUUCCAUAUGUUCUCACUUACAUGUCGGAGUUCCUCAACCACAUGACGGUGUCCUUGUACUUAACACAACUCAAAGUUUUUGAGGAGGCCCAACGACUACUUGCCAAUUAUGCUCAACCCCAAGGCCUGUCUGGCCAUCUUGUUUCAACCGGUGUUACCAGCCCCCAGAGAAGCACCAACGGGCUCGGAACCACGGGUCCUUCGCCCUCUCCGCUUUUCACUGGAGAGCCCAGCGAUUAUGUCAACAUUUUGGAUUCGUGGGAGGCUCGCUAUGUAAUUACGCAGCCUCGAUAUGAAGAAGGAAUCUUAACAAUUAAGGAGGGCAAGACAGUAGAGACACCGAUUGGCCAAGAGCGACUGGCGCGACGCCAGCAGGCUAUGGAGCGUGCGCAACACAAGACCAAAAACGUGGUCAAGACCGGGUUGCAUGCGACUCAAGGGUUGGUCCACAAGGCUUUUUCAUUUGUGCCCAACCGCUACGUCAAGGACAUUCAGUUUUCGUCUGCAGAGCUGGGCUUUUUCAGCGCGGAGGCCGAUCUGUUGCAAGCUGCAGAGCACGAUGCAAACCACCUCCACGGUAUCAUGUCUACACCAACUUCUCCAGUGUCUGGUGGUGCUGGUGUUAGUGGUCACCAUAGCAGUGCCAGUGUUGGUGGAGUUGGUACGUUUGGAGCCGGCUUUUCAUUCUUUAGACGUCCAUCGCCCACCACUUCUAAUACCAGUUUGGCUAAGACUCAUUCGUCACAGGGACCUGUGCGGUCGCCGAGUACACGGUCUGCACGCACGUUGAGUAUGACUGAGGAUUCUGCAGGGCUCGGGUUCCAUUAUGGCCGUAGCCCUGUGACAAGCUUUGAAGAUGUUGCUGCAGAAGCCGCUGAAGAGAGGGAAGCUAAGGAGGCUCUGCGAACGCGUGUGCGCGCGUCCAUGUCAACAGCUGCGCGGACGUGGACACUUGGUGACGAAGUGAGUGACCGGCUACGCAGCCGUACAGUGCUUGGGGAGCCGACACCGCAGCGCAAUAUUGCGCCUGAGAAUGAGCGUGCGCGUGCGUUGUUUACAUUUGGUGGGGAAGAAGCUGGCGAUGUAUCGUUCCAAGCAGGUGACGAGCUUACAAUUCUGGACCAUGGAGACGAAACAGACGAUCAAUGGUGGUUUGGCCAGACACAGGAUGGCCGGGUGGGGCUUUUCCCUCAGACAUAUGUGCAGGUGCUGUGA